AUGACAGAAGAUCAUAGGACGUGCAGUAAGUUGUUGCCUUUAGAUGUCGCAGCAAAACAUGUUCAUUCAUCCGCGUUAGUGAGUGACGUAGUGAAAGACCUUGGACUGUCCGUUGUUUCAUUUUGUUCUAUUGAAACCGCAAUCGGGAAAGCAUUGAGAGAAGUAGAUGAUCAAAAUAUAGCCUCAAAUCAAAGCAUCACUACAAUAAAAACUCGUUUACAAAACCAACUUGCGAAGUCAGCUUCAGUUCUGAGUCAGGAAAUAGAUAUCAUUUGCACAGAACAUCGCCUUCGUUUACAAGAACAAGACCAUUCAUUUACUGAGUCGAAAGCUAUGUAUACAAAACGCCAACAGGAGUUGGAAAAGGUUCUUAAACAUGGGUCUAACAACCAAGUGUUUAUUAUGGCCCAUCAAAUGAAAAUACUUUUAAGAAAAGAAGAAGCAGCAUUUAUUAACAACUGUAAUAAACUAAAUAACAUUGAAAUACAUUUUCCUGAAGACCAACAUAUAUCAUCGAUUCCAUCACUAGACGAUAUUUCUAUUGAAAAAAUACCUUUAACGAUUAUUAAAAAGUUCAGUAAUGCUCAAGUAGCAGACAAUGUUCGACACAAUGAUUCAGUCAAAAAAUUAUAUGAGCAUUCGUCCAUAGCCUAUGAAAGCCGUCCAUGUAUUAGAGGACUGGCUGUCACAAAAGAGAACAAUUUACUUAUGUGUCAUGAAAACGAAUCUACAGUAUCGAAAUGUUCCCAGUAUGGAAAUAUUGAACAAUCAUGUAUAGUAGGCGGUCAAGUUUUUAAUAUAUGUGUCAUUGACGAGACAAACACUGCAGUUAUAACUUUGCCAAGCAAGAACUUAAUGCAGUUUCUAAAAUAUCUGCCAAUGAAAGUAGAAAAAACAGUAAACAUUCUUCCAAAUUCUUUGGGAAUUACAUUAUAUAAAGACAAGUUAGUUGUUGGUGGAAAACAAAGAAUACAGUUCUUCACUACAGACGGAAGACCUAUAAACAUAGUUAAUGUUAACCUUGAUUCAACAAGUGCAAUUUCUUAUCUGCACCCAUGUGACGACAGAAACCGAAUUUACGUGUCAUGCGAGUCCUUAUAUGAAAUAUCAGACAAUGGCAAAAGUGUUAUAAAACACAGUGGAUCAUCCAUUCCUCUUUCGCAUGGUAUAAUUACAGACCGUGAUGACAACGUUUAUGUUGCUUCGAAAAAUUCAAUUAUGAGGCUAUCAAGGGAAGGAAUCGUUUUGAACGAUAAUCUCUUAAAAACUAGACUGUUUGGUUACGAUGAAAUAUGGGCUCUAGCAUUUAAUAGAACAUAUACACUGAUGUAUGCCACUACUCGCGAUGGUUAUGCACUAGAAAUCUUUGACUUUAAAUAA